GGGAUAGCAAGGUACAGUUCCAAGCUGUCACUUGAUCAAAAGGUAGCACCCUCCAAUCCUCUUUCAAGAGUCAAGGAACGCAAAAGCAAUUUAAGCCAAACCAGCCAUCUCUCCAGCCAGCGGACAAACAAAGCCUGGACCAGACACUUUAUACGACACUUUUGACUCUGAGCCACGACUUGCAUACUUUUUGGAUGAGAUAGAAAGCCACGACACACAUUUCAGAAGGAGGAACAUGUCCGAGACAGAAGCCAAGCACAACGACGAAGGGCUGCAGCAGACAGAGCAGCAUGCCAAUACCAACCAAGGGGACGACAGGGAUACGGAUAGCUUCGAAGAUGCUACCGACACGACUUCGACCGACGCUGCUCAGACGGAGCAACAAGAGUCGAGGCGCCAUUCCAUUUCACACCAGGGAGACAAGGCCGAAGAUGGAAGUCAUGUGAAAGCAGACAUUGGGGACACGGACGACACGAUAGCCAAGAUCACCACACCACUCGCGCCAGGAGCCUUUGACGCCGACAAUAUCCUCGAAACAGACGCAGCUCAUGAAGAGAAAGAGGUCGAUUCUAAGACAGACGAGCAUAUCGAGCAAGAAGGUCGAGCUUCAGUAGCAGAGUCGGUGCAUGAGCAAGCACAAUCUACGACGACAAAGUCAUCAGAGCAAGAAGAUCGUCCUUCGACAGUCUCUGUCCACGCGGACAGCCGCCCUUCGACAGCCAACGAGGAAAGUGCGACUGCUGCAGGAGCCGAGGACAAGCCAAGCAGCGUCGACAGCAGCAUCAACCAGCCCAUCAUCUCCACCGAAGACGACGACGACAUGCCUCGAACUGUCAAAUCACGCCAGAAUACUCUCGAGUCUGUACCUGAACUACCUCCCGCUGUACCCGAGAAAGAGAGCAUCAACGAACCUGUCAAAGGACUGUCUGGCGACCUCCCCACUCUCAACUACCCUCCACCUCCACCGCCCCCUCAAAAAUCGCAGACCUACAUGCUAUCGCCUACCGUCGAGAAGCCUCCAACCACGCGGAAGGUCUCAAGCCCGUUCGCUUGGUUCUCAAGAGCCAGGAAAGCCACAUCGCCCUCUCGACCUACGAGUCCACGCAGAAACACGGCUUCGUCAUUGCAGAGCUUGACCACAAAUCCAGACUCGAACGACGAUGCUUCUCACCCGCCUACCCUCAAAGACCGUUUCCAUCUGCUGAGACUGCAGGGCGAGUCGGCCAUAUCUACAGAUGAUACUCUGCCUCUGCCAGAAGGCCGUCCAGCUCGCGCUGGAAGUCUACAAAGUCCAACUAAGGAGGACGGUGGUCAAUUGAGUCCUCCAUUUACACCUCGUGCGAACUCAUUCUCUGCAAUCUCGUUGCCCACCUCCAAACUCCCACCAGGAACUGUGUCGGGAGACGCUGCUGGUCCAUCAGAAGAGCAGAGUGAUGUCAACUGGGAUUUAUGGCAGUCUGUCGUCUACGAGGGCCCAUCUGCCGUCGCUCGCACAAGCGGAGACGAAUUGAAUCGCGCCAUCGCCAAUGGCAUUCCUCAGCCCAUUCGCGGUGUUGUAUGGCAAGUCAUGGCGGAGAGCAAGAAUGAUGAGCUGGAGCAAGUUUACCGGGAAUUGGUCGCUAGGGGCACUGACAAGGAGAUCUCCCAACCGCCUGCUGUUCGUCGCAUCAGCGGUACCGCCGAGAAAGAGUCAGUCGCAUCUUCUGCCUCCUCCAUACACUCUGAUGUUUCUGCGUCCGUCUCUCCUCACAUCAAUGGCAUUGACACAUCCACACCAACCGAGAAGAAGCGCAGAUCAAAAGAUGAGACUGCCGCUCUACAGAAGCUCGAAAAGGUCAUCAGACGUGAUCUUGGUGCACGAACAGCCUAUUCGAAGUACAUUGCUAGCGCUAACCUUCAAGAUGGACUUUACGGUAUCUGCAAAGCCUAUGCUCUGUACGACGAACCAGUUGGCUAUGCUCAGGGCAUGAACUUCAUUGCCAUGCCUCUACUCUUCAACAUGCCGGAAGAGGAGGCCUUUACUCUGUUUGUCCGACUCAUGUCAAAGUACAACCUGAGAUCACUCUUCACCGCCGAGAUGACGGGCCUUCAUCUGCAUCUAUACCUCUUCGAGCGUCUGUUGGAAGACUACGAACCAGCACUAUAUUGCCAUCUCCACAGACGUGGUGUUCCACCUAACCUUUACGCCACGCAAUGGUUCCUCACACUCUUCGCCUACCGCUUCCCUCUGCAAUUGGUCCUCCGCGUCUACGAUCUCGUUCUCAGCGAGGGUCUCGGUGCCAUCUUGAAGUUCGGCAUUGCACUAAUGCAACGAAAUGCUCAAACUCUGCUAGAGAUGAAAGACAUGGUCCAACUAUCCACUCACCUCAAAGAACGCCUCUUCGAUGUCUACAUAGACAAAUCCCCGUCUGCAACCUCCAUACUCGAAUCUGGCUUCUUCGGCUCCACCGCCAGCGCAACAGACAAGGAAGUCUACCGUGCCGAUGAACUCGUCCGUGACGCUUGCGCCGUGACCAUCAUCCCCGAAACCCUCGCAGCCUACACGUCCGAAUUCGAGGAAAAGACACGAGCAGAACGCGAUCGUGAGAUCGAACUCGAAUCGCUCCGUAACGAGAACGCAAAUCUCAGCACCAGGGUCCGCAAACUUGAACUUCGCACUCAACAAUCCGACGCCGAGCACGUGGACCUAGCCUCCUCUCUCGUACGCACAAAAGUGGAAAACGACUCUCUACUCGACGAAAAUGAGAGUUUGAAAAUGCAAGUCGAAGAGUUGAGAAAAAUGGUUGAUAAACAACCACAAGAAGUAGAAGAGAGAUUGAAGGGGGAAAUGGAUAAGAUUAUGGCGAGGAAUAUCGAAGUUCAGGAUAGUAAUCGUGGGCUAGAGGAGCAGGUUCAGGAGAUGGAGCAGGAACUUGUGGGGACGAAGAUGAUGUUUGCGCAGUUGAAUGGCGAACAUGACGCUCUGAAGCAGAAGUUGAGGGAUAUUCAGAAUAUGCUGGCGAGUACUGAUGAGAAGUGAUCACCUUCCUCAUCACGCCCCUGUUUCUCAAUCAAGACACUACGCCACUCCAGAAGAACAACUACAACAGGGAAGCGAACAACGAAAGAGUUGAACCCCUUACUAUCCAUUACACGAACUGUAGACCAGUUCCUUAUCAUUUUCCUCAUAUUGUCAUUGGCAUUGCGUUGUUUCUUUACUUCUUGUCGUUGGGAUUAGGCGUUGUUCACACCGAUCAGAUCAAUUCAUUCUUCUUCGUUCUGUCAUGCAACAGGCAGCGGAAAUGGAGUAUGCACUCUUGUAUAUAGAAAGCCUUGGAAGCAUGGAAAUUGAUGCAAAUGUCAUGUUCUUCCU